GUUUCAAGGGAACGGAUCAGGUCAGCAAUCUUAUGUUUCAAAGCAUCAGAUGGACUUGGACAAAAUAGAGCCAUUAAUGGCAGAGGGCCGUAGGAUGAACGAAACGAACAUUGUGGGUGAUAAGUUUGUCAUUGAAAGGGAUCAAGCUUAGGCUUAUGAGGUUUAAUUGGAAUUUGAACAGUGGCAGCGUACAAAUUGCCCAAUCUUUCUUUGUGGUUUGCCUUAGAGAACUAUAUAAGAUCACGAGGUUAAUGGUCUUGAAAGUGGAG